ACAACAGCAGUGACAUUAGCAAGUGCCCAAUAUUAGAGUCCAGUCGAGCAGAUGAUUGUCACCAGCAGUAGUGUAAUAAGAGGGGCGGGGGUCAAAUCAGUGAGUGAAGAGUCGCAGCAGGAACAACAUGGACUUCGAAACGUUGGCAUCAGGACUUAAUUGUACUCCACCCGCCAUCGAUGAUUUUCCUCGCGAUUUUUUCACCGAAAAGGAAAGACAAGAUGGGGCCGUGGUUGUACAUGUCGUCGUAUCCCUCUACCUCUUCGUCGCCUUGGCCGUAGUCUGUGAUAAAUUUUUUGUACCGGCAGUAGAAAAAAUAUGCCAUGCUCUAAAUAUGUCAGCGGACGUCGCAGGAGCGACGUUUAUGGCAGCUGCGACUUCUGCUCCUGAGCUUUUCGUCAACGUCAUCGGUACCUUCAUCACCGAGGGCGACAUUGGCGUUGGUACCAUUGUCGGAUCGGCCGUUUUUAACAUUCUGGCCGUCGCGGCGUGCUGUGGCAUCGGCGCAGGAUUGUGUGGCGUAAAAGUGGUUCCUUUGGACUGGUGGCCCCUGACCAGGGACUGUCUAGCUUAUGGCAUCACAGUUUCCAUCCUCAUCUGUAUAAUUCAUGACGAAAGGGUGGAAUGGUACGAAGCUUUAACCCUGGUACUGCUCUACACAGUCUACAUCCUUAUAAUGUAUUUCGACAAGUCCAUUCAAAGGUGUGCCAGAGGUGGUUUCAAAUCCGCACAGCCCCCGCACGACUCCACCCCCCAGUCUAUAGAGGCGGCUGAGGCCCACUUACCGCUCCAACCCAACAAAGAAAUUAAAGACAUCAGCGAUAAUCACAACACGGAGAACGUGGUAGUGGUACCAUCGCACCUCAACGGUUCCCUCAAAGUACCGGAAGCGGAAACCGAAGAAGCGAAAAAGACCGAACCCACGAAUAUGGUCGAAGACGAGCCGCACAGUUUGUGGAAAUGGCCGGCUGGACGAAGCAAAUUCACCCAAUUCACAUGGGUCAUCACCUGGCCCAUCCAUCUAAUAUUCCUGUUCACAAUUCCCGACUGCGAGAAACCCAGAUUUAAGAAAUGGUUCCCUUUGACCUUCAUCAUGUGUAUUAUCUGGAUCGGGUCCUUGUCGUACGUUGUGGCUUGGAUGAUUACAAUUAUCGGGGACACUCUAAAAAUCCCAGAUUCCGUCAUGGGAAUCACUUUUUUGGCCGCCGGAACCAGCAUUCCCGAGGCCGUUUCGAGCGUAAUUGUGGCCAAGCAGGGUCACGGCUCGAUGGGCAUAAGCAACUCGAUCGGGUCCAACACCUUCGACAUUUUGCUUUGUUUGGGCCUUCCUUGGUUCAUCAAAGCCACGUUUAUGCCGACAAUUGCAGGAAAACAUUGGGUGGGGAUAAAUUCGGCGGGAAUUGAGUACAGCGCCAUCUCCCUUUUGUCGUCGCUGCUCUUGCUAUACCUGGUGUUUGCCGUAAAUAAAUUCCGACUAGAUAAGAGAGUGGGUCGGAUAUGUUUGUUGAUGUACGCCAUUUUUCUUAUCUUGGCCAGUCUCAUCGAGCUUAAUGCCUUCUUCAGAGUCAAUUUACCGACUUGUGGGCGGUGAAGUUGAUCAGCGCUCUUCUUGUUUUCAUAGAUUUUAUUUUAUUACAGUUUUAAUGGGAAAAUUGUGAUUUCUUUCUGCAAUAUUCUUGGUUCACCAUCAUGUCAGAUCUCAAACAAUUCUGUUGUAGAGUAAGGAAGGAAAUUUGCAUCGCACCUCAUUCUAGUUUAAGUUAUUGCGUAAUCUGUCCUGUACAUAGAACAAUUUAAACCAUCCUAACAACAGUAGGGUUAUUUUUUAAAAACUAUUUUAUUUUGUAGCUGACAUUAUGUACAUUAUGUUGCAUUACAGACAGUCCUACUAUUAAUUUUGUAAUUUAUGUUCACUAGAUACAAGUAUGAUCAAAGUUU